AUGCUAUUUAUAUACGAGGACUUGGGAAGCCCGCAAGGAAAUGGACAAAGUGUCAACAAGGCAAGCGAGAGGACGGAGGUGUGUGAAGGGAGCCCCGGGCUUGCUGCUUCUCCGCCCGAGCGGGUAGAAGCUUAUGCAGGCCAAUUCAAGGAUACUGGCAGCUUUGCUCCGUGGGCUACUGGUGCCCAUGCGUUUGCUUUUCAGCCAGGCCUGUCCAGCAUGGCCCUGCACGAUCUCCGCAAGGCAUGUGAGGAUCUUGGGUUGCCGAGCAACGGAAGCAAGGAGGCAUUGCUCAAUCGCCUCACAUUCGAGAUCGAAGCUGCCGCAACUCCUCCUUGCACACAGACUCAGAAUGAAACCUGUCCUGGCCCGGGUGAUUUGGCCUUGCCAGACAGCCUGCCUGAGCCAGCGAUGGACACUGCAGGCAACCAGGGUGUACUUCAAGCCGAAAUGGUGCUUGAGUCACAAGGCAUCGAUGGGCAGAAGUUCGAGUCACAAGACGAGCAGGAAGCUGCCAAACCCGACAUCUCAGAAAAGGUUGCGGAUGAAAUUGCACGUGACAAUCAGGAAUCACUACCCGACUUGGUGCCUGAACAAGGUUCAGCAACAGAUGCAGCAGAGAAGCUCCAACAUGCGGAAAAAGAAGGUGCCAAAAGAAAAAUGCCUCCUCCACCUGUUCCCAACAAGGCAAAGAAGCCUCGCCGAUGGGAUGCAAAGAGGAAGGGGAAGUACAUUGAGGAGCUGCAUAAGCUGACAGUCAAGGAGCUUCGCAGCUCUUGCAGAGAGAAAGGAAUCGACAGCAAGGGAUGUAAAGCGAAGUUGGUCGAACGUUUGGUGGAAGUGGAGAUUCAAUCGACGUCCAAGGACGUGGAGGUGCCUUCUCCUGAAGAAAGUGGGCUUUGGUUUCCACCGACAAGGUCGCCGCUGCGGGGAGGUCAGGAGGCACUGCAAGCGGAACUUGAUGCACGGGAGCAAGAGGACAGUCGUGCUUCCUCAUCCGUGGUGCAAGCGGCCCAAGCGGCGGAUGCUGUGCGGGAAGUCGUGUCAUCCCUUGCGAAGAAUUUGGGAGCAGCAGACUUACGCCUUACCUUUGGCCGAACUCCGCGAUGCCUGCCGCGUGCGGGGUCUGCAGGCAUAACCAGCGACUCCAAAACAGAUUCAGCGGACUGCUAUGCCAUACUGCGGGAGCAGGCAUCGGGUGGCCGAAGCGAGCUCGUGGGCCGCCUUGCAGCUUUGGCGCCGCAGGCGAAGCGGUUCCUGCCAGUAUGGAAGGCCUAUCCUUGGUGGCUUUGCAAGCUGCCUGCCCGCCGUGCUUGUGGCCUGAACGCUGCGGGCGACACAGCGGACCUCACAGCCCGGCUGGCCGUGCAUGCAGCAUGCGAGGAGCCUCUUGGACCGGAGGAGGAGCCCGAACAGUUGCAGGGACAGCAAACUGUCGCAGCACCCACCGCCGACUUAUCAGAGGACGUGAUUGAACCAGAGCCCUCGCAGGGUCUCGAUGCUGCAAUUGCCGACGCAGAAGCGGGCAGCGCCGACGGUGGCGGAGCUGGCCUACUUGUGCAGCCUUCAGAGGAUGUCCAGGUGAAGGAAAUGCCUGUCACGGAGCAGCUGGACUUGGUGCACUCACAGCUCUCGAUUCCUGCGGCUCAGCCAGAUUGGCCUUGGCCGCCAAAGGGUGGGGCCAGUGGAUCCGAGACAGGAGUGAGAAGUCCAGUAGACCUUUGCGCUUCACAGCCGUUAGACGAGGGCUUUCGCGCAGGCCUUAGGUUGUUGCACACAUCGGAGCUUCGGCAUCUUUGCGAGCAACGUGGUCUGGUCUCAACUGGUGAGAAGAGAGAGCUCCUGAACACGCUGCUGGUUCACUUUGCCUGUGCCCCCCAGCCCACUCCGACCCAGGAUGCUCGCCUUUGCAUCCCGCAGCAGCAUCGCCCUGCACCUGUGCAAUCCGCUCCGGCCACUGCCGCUGUUGCGAAACGCCCUGCCACCAAGUCGAAGACGAAGGAUGCGAGCCCUCCGCCACCCCAAGUGCCACCGGAGCCAUGCAUUGAUCCGAAGGGUGCGAAAUCUACAGCAGCACAGCAUAAAUUGCAAACACAGCCAAAAUCUGCAGAAGCAAAGGUCAGCAAUGAUGUGCAGACGGUGCAGACAACUCUCGUCCAGGAGGUUGAGCAGUUGCAACCCCUGAAGCCCGUUCAGCGAGCACCUCUCGCUCAUCCCUCAUUGCUGCGACGCCAACGUGGCCCCGCACCCGCAGUUGCUCCCAAUUUCUCGGCACUUUGGCAAACAAUGUGUAAAGCACGGCCCAAACAACGAAGCGAGAAUCCUGAGAAGGCUGAUGCAGGUGUCGGUCUCACGGUCCCCCCUCCUGGCAUGCUGCCUGCCAAUAUGGGAGACAGAUGCCUCAAAUCCCGGGAGACGCGGUCGCGCCGACGGACACAAGCUGUGGGCUCCUGCCAUGCCUGGACCGUCGCAGGUGCUCCCUGCCGCAAUGCUGGACACAUCAAACCUGUUGGUGCUCGCUUUGUCUACUGCGCUAGGCACAGUUCUCGCUGGCCACGUUUCGAGACCGUGGGUGUUGAUGAGUUGAAGCCGCGCCCUGACGACAGCGAUAGCAGAACCAGAAAGGGAGCUCCAGACGGCACCAGCAGCCUGCUCCAACAUCACCGGCUUGCUCGCCAAGAUGCCGCGGCUCCAUGUGCCAGACAUGAAGGGAGAGCAAAAGCUUCGACAGCAGCAGCGCCAGAGCUGUCAGUGGCUACUGCAACACCGGCAAAUGGCAUUCCCAGGAAGAAGCAAUCGGCAGCUCAGCGAUUAGCAGAGGCAUCGACAGGGAAGGCAUCCCACGACAAGGCGCCAAAGUCGGCACACGGUGCCUCAACGCGAGCGGAGUCUUCAGCCUGCACAUUUGGAGCGGUCGUUGCAGAGAAAGGCGCCGAGAAUUUGAACAGGAACGAGCGCAAAAGAGCCGCACCGAUGACAGAGGAGCGUCCUGGGAAGAGAGCCCGAGACAAGGCUAAGCUUCCCGGCCUCUCGCAGCUCAUCGGCCUUCUGCCGAGGUUGAAGGAGUCUUGA